AACUUACGUAAUUGCACCAAUCUCACAGCAGAGAACAGUUGCUUUUUCUUCCUGAGCCUCUCUCUUAUGCAAAUGAAGAACAGAAAAGCCCUGUAAAAGAAUCUGUUUGUGUGUGUGUGUGUGAGAGAGAGAGAGAGAAUGGAAGAGGAGUUUGAGGCCAUGGAAAUCGAAGAUAACUUACCUGAGUUCACAUUAGCUGAGAUAGUUGAAAUGGAGAAAUUAUUUAAGAAAAUGACAGAUAAAUCAAUUAGCCAGGAGUUCUGCCAAGAGCUUUCUGCCAAGUUUAACUAUUCAAUUCACCGUUCUGAAAAGGCUCCCAUGACAUGGGAACAGGUAGAAAGUUGGUUUCAAGAAAAACAAAGAAAUUUGGCAGCUACAAUUAUUCCAUCCCCUGCUCACAAAGGCACAGUUACUAAAAAGGCUGCAGUAAUUAAGAAAAGAGAAAAAGUACCAACAAUUUCUGCCAGUGAAGCAGCAGCCCAGCUCCCAAACUUAAUGUUUGAAGCUAGAUCGGCAAAGGAUUAUGCUUGGUUUGAUGUUGCUUCUUUCCUGAGCUACAGAGUCCUUUGCUCGGGGGAAAUGGUAGUUCGUGUGAGGUUUGCUGGCUUCGGCAAAGAGGAAGAUGAAUGGGUGAACCUUAAAAGGGCAGUACGAGAACGAUCAAUUCCUUUGGAACAUUCAGAGUGUGACAAGGUCAAUGUUGGUGAUCUUGUUCUUUGCUUCAGGGAAGCUGAGGAUCAUGCACUUUACUGUGAUGCACAUGUUGUGGAAAUCGAGAGGCAAUCACAUGACAGCAGCUACUGCACGUGUAUCUUUGUGGUUCGUUAUGACCACGACAAUGUCGAGGGUAAGGUUCCAUUAGACAAAUUGUGCUGCAGGCCAACAUCAGUACCAAGAGGAAGUGAGGGGGGAAAACUAGUACGACUAUUGGAGCCCAACGUGAUGCAAAAGCUCACAAUGUAGCUGUUGAACAAUUGUAUGCAAACUCAACCGUGUUUGGUUGAGCUUAUAAUCUCCUAGAAGAGAAGAUGUUUGAGACUUUAUAAAAUAUUGUAGAGUGCUUCAAAAUAUGCUCAAAAGAAAUUCUGAACUCUGUAUUUAAGAUGUGGAAACCUUAUAAAUCUCCUCUCAGAGGAGGUUUUUAAGGUUUUAAUGAACUCUUGUUGAAUUAUGUACAUUAGGAUGUGAAACUGAUUUUCUCAUAGCA